GACAUUCUGUACUCGAAUGGUCAAGUGACCAAAGUCAAACUAAACUAAACGCCAGUCAGUUUAAUGUCACUGCUGCUAUCAGUGUUCUGUAAAUACGUAUUUUUUUAAUAAAUUGUGUAAAUGGUUAUUAAAACAGACGUGUAACAAAAGGAAAAACAGUGUUUUUUAGAUUUGUGUUGGAAAUUACAAUUGAGUAACUAGUGUCAAGUUGAAGUUGAAGGAUUCAAGUUUAUAUUUGCCUGAUUGAAGCGUUACCUUGAGUGGAGAUGGAUCCUAAGCAAGAUACAUUUAAUGAAUCUGUGUCGACAAUAAUAGAAAGAAAAGUAAGAGGUUGGUUAAGUGGAGUGAUUGACGACAUGCGGCGAAGUAGUCCAGUGCAACAGUGGCUGGAUUCCCUGCCAGCUGACGAAACAGUCGCACCCGAGGACACUAGUGAAGAAGUAAAGAUCUCAGAGCCCAAGUCUGAUGACAAUGACAAUGAUAGCAAAGCAGAUGAAACAGUAACUGAGAACACAGUAAUAGAGCCUAACAAAGAAGAGCUCCAGGAUGACCAGAACCUAGAAGUUCCUUUAAAAGAAGCCUGGAAAAGGAAGUCACUCGAUAGUGGGCUACUAACUAGCACACCUCAACAAACUAAUGUUAAAAGACUGCAACGGGACCAUUCAAUACAAUCAGAGGGAUACUCCCCCAAGUUUAAGAAUCCGUUAUUUAGAGACCAUUCUUUGCAGUCUGAUAACAGCGGCUCUAGUGGAAGUUCAGUUUUAAAUGUGCUAGGAGCACGAAAAGUUGAUGCUGAGUCAGUGCUGCUUGCUCUAGGCUUUGGGCCAAGUGAAAAGCAGCAAAAAUUGCAAAGAAUACCUGACAGAUUUUUAGCACCUUCUAAACUCAAAGGUAUUAGUACAGAAGAUUUUAUUAAGAAAGAGCAGCAUUCAAUGCGGAUGCACGAUUGUGGUAUAUUUGGAUAUAGAGGUCUUACAGAACACUGCACGCCUGUAUGCCGCUUUAUGAAACCCGUUUCUCCGAGUUGUCAUAGAUCAUAUCAAGUUCCCGAGAUAGCAGUGCAGGAAUCCUCAUGUUCCACCGUCGACAAUUGUAGCUAAAAUAAUUGGAUGCAUUCUACAAGACGAGGUAUGUCGAGAAGAGGCGUUAAUAAAAUCCAGACACUCGAUAGCGGACAUGCGAACCCAACCUAACCUCAAUGCAAUCCUCGCCGCGCGUAUGCGCCACAACUAACUAGAAACAAACAAGAACGUGACCUCACCUAUGUAUAAACAUCACCUCAACCCGAAUUAUAAGCACAUUAUUUAGUUCGUGGUGAAAAAAUAUAUCGGUUGUUAUAUAGGCAAUGGAAUUCCCAAUGCAAUUUCCAGUUUACGUAAGCUCAAAAUUAUUCGCUCAACACGUUAUUGGUAGAGGGAUAACUAAUUUAUUUAUAUUUAUGUGUAUAUUACCUAAGAAAAGACUUAUACCAUUGAAUGGAACAUUUCUAAAAUAAUCCUGACUGUUAAUGACAAACCCAAAUCACAAUCUGUAGUAAACCUAAGGUAUUAAGAAUUUUAUUAACGUUAAAAAUCCGAUAUUUUAAAGAGAAGAUCUAGAUCUUAUAUUUCUUGUACUACAUAGAAUUAGGGAUGAUACAUUUUUGACAAGUUUUAAAUAGUAAAAGUAGUCGGAUGUAGUAAAAUACCUCCUCCAUAUAAUAUUCUAAAAUAAAGAUAUUUAUUAGAAUUGUUAGAAGUCAAUAAAAAUUAAUAGAAAUAAAUCUAUCAUUUCCUACGACUUUUUCUGAGCUUAUUGUAUAUAACUUUAAAUUCUAUUAUAUGUACAUAUUUAAUAAAAGAACUUACUUAUUCUUAAUUCAAAUGUUAUUAUUGAUUGUACUUAUCGCUUCAUAUUUAUGACGUAGGUAUAGUUCAAAGACUACUAUGACUACUACUUGUUUAUAUCCUAGAUACUUAUGCGUCAUAUCAAAACUUGCCUGACUUGUAAAAAUAAAAUCAAAUUUACCUAUGUGUUUUGUGAUAGUGAUGUAAAUAGUGUUAUAUUUUCUUUUUGUAGUUAUUGGUAUUUAUAUCUGUUUCUGAAAUUUUACUUCUAUAGCUGUAAAUCCAUGAGUUAUUAUUAUUACAAAUGUAUUUCAAAAUGUUAAUUUAAUUAUAAUGCAUGUUAUCUACUGUAGAUAUUAGUAAAACAAAGCUUUUAUCGGCGUUGCGGUGAGAUAUAAUCUCUGUGAAUUUCGUGAUAAAAUGUGACUCGAAUGGUUAUAUAUAUUUUAUUGUUUGUUAUGUCAAUUGGCAAUUAUUUCGUGAAUAAUAAGGUAGUCAUGUCAUAAUUGCAGAUGAUUACUUACUUCAAACAAAGAUUAAAUCUUGCAUAGAAUGUAAAGUAUCGCUGCCCAGUUCAAGCAAAUAAAUUACGUAAAUGUAGUUACUUAAAAUCCAGAACUUGUGGUAACUUGAGUAUCGCGAAGAAUGUGAAGACCUUUUAAUGCCUAUAAUAAUAUAAUACUGUUUGAAGUAGGUACCAUGGAGGUGUGGUAAAAUAUGGCCUCCCCUCUAAUUGCGGUUGCCCUUCAUACCAAAAUACUUACUUGUUAUGACUUAUAGUGAACAAAAUAUUGUAAAAUUAUUAUUAAUGUACUUUAGCUUUAGUUUAUUUCCUUAUUCGAUUAUGUUGAUGACUUAAUAUGAAAAAAGAUUUUAUUUACUUGUGCCUUAUACAUAUAAAAAUCGGUACUGUUUGCAUAAUUUAGGGUAAUUCAAAUAAUUCCUAUUUAAAUGUGCAUUGCAGUUCGACGGUAAAUAUCAUUGUUAAGCCUAUGAUAAUUACCAUUGCUGUGUUACUGUACUAAGCCAAAGCGUUUAAAGUCUUUUAAAGGGAUUAGACGGUAUCCUAAAUAGAUCAAUUAAUCACUUUGAAGGAAUUUGAAACAACAUUCCUAAGAAUAAAUGUUCAGGAAGUAAAAUGCGGUGUUGAUAGAAGCAUUUAGGUGAUGAAAUCUAAAUAUAUAAUUUAUUAAUUUUAGAAUAAUUUAUUAAAUUUUGUGUAAGUUACGAGUUCCGCUCACUUCCUGAAGCCAAGGUCUGUAGAUAAACUGGCCUUAAAUUAUUGUGAUGUGGUUGAUGUGACCUGAUCCUUAAUAUGUCAUAUUAUUUUUGCUCAUUUAAUUAGGUACUUAACUGUUUUACUUGUAUUAUUUGAAGAUCUGAAUAUGUAUGUGAGUGUGUGGGAUCAAUUGUAAAGUGAAACCCAGUAAACUCCUAUUUUCUGGAA